AUGGGCAAGAUGUUCGGCAUUGACACGCUUGUCGCUCAAGAGAUUGGUUGUUGUGUGCAAAACAACGACGGCGUGUGGGGACGUUGGGCGUACUCCUACCCCGAUAGGACAAAGUUCACACCGUCACCAGGGUCCAACCCUGUGUUCCACCGCGGCUUGGUCUAUCUACUGCUAGAAGACGGAAGAUUAGCUGCAUGUGACGAGUCCAAACACGAAGAAGGAUUUGAAAUUCUUGAGAAGCCGCGGAGUUUCGGGCUUGUAUACGAAGACAGCUACUUGGUCGAGUCCGACCAGGGUGAGCUGAUGGUUGUCCUCAUCGGCCGACGCGGGUCGCCUGUCAACAUUUUCAAGCUCAAUGAACACACGAUGGAGUGGGAGAAAAUGGAGAGCCUAGAUGGCAGGGCUUUGUUUACAGGUACACUCACGACUGUAACGAAGAAGACUGCCAUUAAGUCCAUGCAAAACAAGGUCUUCCUCCCAAGACUCUACGAUUGGCCUAACAUCGUUUAUGCUGACUUUGUCCUGCGCGACGGUGAAUUUGCCUUCGUAGAGUCACGGCGUGUUGAUAACAAGGUGAAGGUUGGCAAUGGCGCAUAUAGCACAAAUAUGUGGUCUUACGAAUUGGGACAACGCGAAAAUCCAAGGGACUUUUGGGAGACAGAGAGAAUGGAUUACAGUAUUUGGGUCGAUUUUAGCAAUAAUUAG